AUGAGUAGCCUCACAGCACAGCCCAAGCAGAGUCCCUUACAGGACCUCUUUGACAUCAUCACCAUGUUGCCCACGACGAUUCGCUCCCCUCCCUCGCUCGGGGACUUUACCCCCAUCGAGGAUCACCAGUCUCAAACCCCAGAGACCUUCUUCGGCGGGAAGCCCGUCUUGCACUUCCACCUUGAGGGCGCCAAGGCAUGGAUUCCGGCGUCGCAAAAGGGCAACCUGGCCGUCUUCCCGGCUGACGUCGCGACCACGGCUUCUGCCCCCGAAGGCGCGACGUUGAACGAGGUCUCCGAGGAGCUGGUGGAGCAGAAGGUUUCCGUCUUUGUCAACUCAGAGAACUUCACCAUCUUCUCUGAAGCGCAAGGGGCGGGCGUUGAGGUCCCUUACCCCUCCAUCUCCAUUCACGCAGUCAAGCAGGUCGGCACCAUGGCCGAGGGGGCCCCGCUCCAAGCCAUCUGGAUGCAGCUGCAGCUUGCCGACGGCGGCGACGGCGACGAAGACUUCGAUACAAUCGACCUGACCCUGGUCCCCACGGUCACAUCUGGCGCUCAGGUUGACGUCCAGAAAUUUUACGACGCCAUCUCGGCGUGCUCCGACCUGCACCCCGAUCCGGUGGACGACGACGAUGAAGAGGAGGAUGGCCGUAUCGUCUUUGAGGGCGAGCUUGAACCCGUGGAGGGAUACACUGGAGUUAUGUACGGUGCUCACGACGGGGGUCUACCCCCUGCGUUCCCCGGCAGUGGCGGCUGGAUCACGGCCGAGAACGUGCACGAGCAUUUUGACGCCGAUGGCAACUGGAUCGGUCAGAACGGCGACGGGGAGGCUGAGGAGGGGGGUGGCGGGGAGCUGGGUGAGGGAGCCGGAAGGGUCCGAGGACACGACGAAGUCAAUGGCGGAGGUGUCAACGGUCACGAUGACCCCGACAACAAGCGUCCGCGCGUCGAUGAGUCAUGA